AUGGGUGUUCGUCUUCUGAUCCGAAGGGCCCGAACGGUCCUCAACCGCUUCGCGGCUGAUGAUGCUGCCAGUGCUUCCUCAGCCACCCCGGUGGAGGGAACCACCGUGGAAGAGAGCAAGAGAGAUCCUACUACGGAUACCGAAGUCCAACAGCCAGAGAAGCCUGCGGAAGACCUGCAGCAUGGUGUGAGAGACAUUGAGGCUAUCACCUUGACUUGGUCCAAGAAGACCUUGGCCUUCGUGUUCAUCAACAUCUGGUUCUUGUACUUUGUCAACGCCUUCCAAUCCUCCGUCUUCAGCAGCUUGAGUCCCUACAUCUCCAGUUCUUUCACUGCCCACUCCCUGUCUGGUGUCCCUACUGCCAUGGCCGACGCGUUCUCAGCGGCGGUCUAUAUCCCCGUCGGAAAGAUUAUGGAUACCUGGGGUCGUGCCGAAGGUUUCCUCGUUAUGACCUGCUUCGCUACCCUUGGUUUGAUUCUCCUGGCCGCAUGCGAUAGCUUCGCUAUUUACUGUACCGCAUAUGUCUUCUACUACAUCGGCUUCAGUGGUAUGGAGUACUCCAUCGAUGUCAUCACCGCCGAUGCGUCCAAGCUGAAGAACCGAGGUCUUGCCUUUGCUUUCACAUCCUCGCCCUACAUCAUCACCGCAUUUGCUGGUCCCAAGGUUGCCGACGAGUUCUACUACCAGGUCAGCUGGAGAUGGGGUCUCGGCUGCUGGGCGAUUAUCUUCCCCAUCGUCGCGGCGCCUUUGUAUUUCGUUCUGAAGUCUACCCUUCGCAAGGCUGGACGUGAAGGCCACCGCGCCAGAGAGUCAAGUGGUCGCACAUUUUUGCAAAGUGUCUGGCACUGGGUUGUGGAAUUCGACUUGCUCGGAGUUGUGUUGUUCACUAUUGGACUGGUCCUUUUCGAACUGCCCUUUGAUAUCGCAAGUGAAGCCCCCAACGGCUGGGGCACCGGCUAUAUUAUCGCCAUGCUUGUCAUUGGUUUCUGCAUGCUAUUCAUUUUCGCCAUCUACGAGAAGUGGGUGGCUCCCUCGCCUAUGCUGAACUUCCCUAUUCUCACCGAUCGGACGGUCAUUGGUGCUUGUCUCUUGGACGCUACCUAUCAACUCUCCUACUACUGCUGGAACAACUACUUCACCUCUUUCCUCCAGGUUGUCAACAAUCUUACCAUCGCCGAAGCUGGAUAUGUUAGCAACACCUUCGACGUCGUUUCAGGUGUGCUUCUUCUCUUGGUGGGAUGGAUCAUCAGUCGGACUGGUCGUUUCAAGUGGCUGCUUUACAUUUCCGUACCUCUAUACAUCUUCGCCCAAGGUUUGAUGAUCUACUUCCGCAAGCCUGGUAUGACUGUCGGAUACCAGGUCAUGUGCCAGAUCUUCAUCUCUAUUGGAGGUUCUAUCUUCAUUCUGGUCGAACAGAUUGCUAUUCUCGCGGCCGUCGACCACCAGCACGUCGCAGCUGCGCUUGGCUUGCUGAACGUUGUCGGUACUAUUGGUGGAUCUGCUGGAUACACUAUCUGCACAGCUAUCUGGACAAACACCUUCCCCAAGGCUUUGAGAAUGUACCUUCCCGAGUCAGCCAUGGACAAUUUCGAGAACAUUUAUGAAGAUCUCGAUACCCAAACCAGCUACCCCAUGGGAAGCGAGACGAGACUGGCUAUUCAACAUGCCUAUGGAUAUGCUGAGGUGCGCAUGCUCUCUGCUGGUCUCGGUAUUAUGGCCCUGGCUAUUGCCUGGACCAUCAUGAUCCGCAACAUCGAUCUCAAGAAGGUCGCUCAGGUCAAGGGUACCGUCUUCUAG